ACCACAUUUGAGCGUAUUCUUAGGGGGGGAGCAAAAGUGAUCUUCUUUAAGCCCCAGUUAGCACCUCAUCGCGCAUGAGCUGUACCCCCUCCAGUCAGACUUUUCUCUUCAACUGUCCAGGCUUUUUCACUAUCACCCGGAGUGCAGCGUUGUGUUUGCACAUGAAGCUCUGAAAUUGGAUCUGGAGCUCUCUCGCUCUCUCUGUCCGCGGCCAAGAUAGCGUAUUUCCAGAUCUGCGGAGAUUUGGUUUCGGUGGCAGGCAAAAGCGAGAGGAUUUCGUGUUUGCUGCUUCGAGAAUUUCUCAGCGCUCAUAACCCACAAUUGCAAGUCUCGUUGUAUGCGCAUUGGGCUGAGAAUCGGUUGAGAAUGUUCGGGAAGUGCAACAUUUUGAAACACUGACGAAAUGUUCCUUCUUGAUGUGCGCAGUCCAUUGGAUAUGUGUGUACGCUAUUCAGGGUAACACAACACUGAAGGAUCUAGGCCUCUGCUAUUGAAUGCAAGAGUUCAGAUCGAAUUCACGGUUAGCAAUGACGGGUACGAUGUACGAGCCCAAGAACAUUCUCAUUACUGGUGCGGCUGGAUUCAUCGCCUCCCAUGUCGCCAACCGGUUGAUUCGGAACUAUCCGCAGUACAAGAUCGUGGUGCUGGACAAGCUCGACUAUUGCUCCAAUUUGAAGAACCUAUUUCCUUCUAGAGCGUCGAAGAACUUCAAGUUCGUGAAGGGCGAUAUUGGCAGCGCGGAUCUGGUCAACUAUCUGUUGAUCACGGAGGGCAUCGACACCAUCAUGCACUUCGCGGCGCAGACGCAUGUGGACAACUCGUUCGGAAACAGCUUCGAGUUCACGAAGAACAACAUCUACGGAACGCACGUCCUGCUGGAGGCGUGCAAGGUGACGGGGCAGAUCAAGAGGUUCAUCCAUGUGAGCACGGAUGAGGUGUACGGUGAGACAGAAGCGGAGGCCAUCGUUGGCAACCACGAGGCGUCGCAGCUGCUGCCCACGAAUCCGUACUCGGCGACAAAAGCCGGGGCGGAGAUGUUGGUGAUGGCGUAUGCGAAGAGCUACGGACUGCCGUGCAUCACGACUCGGGGGAACAACGUGUAUGGGCCGAAUCAGUUUCCGGAGAAGCUGAUCCCGAAGUUUAUUCUGCUAGCAAUGCAAGGAAAGCCACUGCCGAUCCACGGCGACGGAACCAACGUGCGGAGCUACUUGUACUGUGAGGAUGUGGCGGAGGCGUUCGAGUGCGUGCUGCACAAGGGAGAAUUGGGUCACGUGUACAACAUCGGGACGCAGAGGGAGAGGCGGGUGAUGGAUGUGGCGAAGGACAUCUGCGAGCUGUUCAACUUGGACUACAAGAAGUCGAUCAAGAUGGUGGACAAUCGUCCUUUCAAUGACCAGCGGUACUUCCUAGACGACAAGAAGCUGAUCGCGCUCGGGUGGCAGGAGAGGACCAGCUGGGCGGAGGGGCUGCAGAAGACGAAGGAUUGGUAUACGAGCAACCCAGACUGGUGGGGCGAUGUGUCGGGCGCCCUGGUGCCUCACCCGCGGUCAGUGACAAUGCCGGGAGUGGAGAAGCUAGCGGAGAUGCAGAGGGGAGAGCAUUUGGCUCAAACCUCGGGGGACUCGGCGACGCCCGAGAAAGAUAAUGGACCAGCGCUGUUAAAUGGGACGGGUCAUGGUUUGUUGGGUGGGAUCGUAUCGAAGGUCCUUUCUCCGGUGAAGAAUGUUAAGGGUGAUCCAAGUUUGAAGUUUUUGAUAUACGGGCGGACUGGGUGGCUGGGUGGAUUGCUGGGGAAGAUGUGUAAAGAGCGGGGAAUCGCUUACGAGUACGGAGCAGGGAGGUUGGAGAACAGGACCUCGUUGGAGGCAGACAUAGCCGCAGUCAAGCCGACGCAUGUGUUCAAUGCCGCUGGAGUGACGGGAAGGCCGAACGUGGACUGGUGCGAGAGCCACAAGCCGGAGACGAUCCGGGCGAACGUAGUGGGGACACUGACGCUGGCAGACGUGUGCAAGCAGAAUGGGUUGCUGUUGAUGAACUACGCGACAGGAUGCAUAUUCGAGUACGACGACAAGCAUCCGCUGGGGAGCGGGAUUGGUUUCAAGGAGGAAGACAAGCCGAACUUUGCAGGGUCGUACUAUUCGAAGACGAAGGCGAUGGUGGAGGACUUGUUGUCAGAGUUCGAUAACGUGUGCACGUUGCGGGUGCGGAUGCCGAUAUCAUCCGACCUCGAGAAUCCGCGCAAUUUCAUUUCAAAGAUUGUGCGGUACCAGAAGAUCGUGAACAUUCCGAACAGCAUGACGAUACUGGACGAGCUGCUGCCGAUAUCAAUCGAGAUGGCGAAGAGGAAUUUGACAGGGAUCUGGAACUUUACCAAUCCGGGGGUGGUGAGCCACAACGAGAUCAUGGAGAUGUACAAGGAGUACAUAGACCCAUCUCUGACGUGGGUGAACUUCACGCUGGAGGAGCAAGCAAAGGUGAUCGUGGCGGCACGGAGCAACAACGAGAUGGAUGCUUCGAAACUGUCGAAGGAGUUUCCUGAGAUGCUGGGGAUUAAGGAGUCACUGAAGAAGUUUGUGUUCGAGCCCAACAGAAAGACUCCCGUCAUGUAGGCAGUUUUAGCUGGAAACGAGUUUACGAUCCUCGUCUCCUGCCUGAAAGUGAGACUAACAGAUUUUUCCUAGCAUGGUUGUAGUUGCGGGACAGUCAUUUAUUGCCUUUUGUGGUGUAGCUUGCCACAGUUGCUGUAGAUUUCUCUUCAGUUGAGAAGGUAGUGAAUCAAUGACGGUGUAGUCGCAGGAUUUUAUUUCUUUUCUUGGUUGUAGGCAAUUCUUUUAAUAAGGCUUGUAUUCCUGUAAAGGAUUAUUUCGGCAGAAAGUAAGAAUUUUGGACAUUUUCUGUUUUUUUUUC